ACCUAUAGUCCAGUAGUUAUUGAGUCCUAUGCUCCGGAGCCUUGAAUAACCUUGAAAAGCUGGCAUCUAUCGGUGGAAGAGGCAAACGUUAAUUUUGAAAGAAAUAACGAAAAUAAUCUUUGACGGAAGAACUUUAGAAUUAUAUUAUUUUGUAUUUUCUAAAGCACAGACAACUGUAAAUAUUACUCUAUUUUAAGUGACCGCAGCGCUUGCAGUUUUGUUAUGUUUUGAUUAUCACUUGACAACGUGCUUGGUAAAAUAAUCGAUAAAGUUACGUGCGUGUACGGCUGUGUACGGCACAAUACGAAAUGAUCCUAUCGAGGGCCAAGCCAGCCUCGUCAGAGGGUGUUCGAAAGUCAGCGUCACGCAAGGAAAUACCGAAAUUAGAAGAAUUCCUCGAAAAACGUGAUUAUAUCGGAGCUUUGACAUUACUGGAAUUCAAUAGUAGUACUGGCAGCAGUCUAGAAAUGGAUCUAUGGAUGGGAUACUGUGCGUUUCAUUUGGGCGAUUACAAGCGUGCUGCGACAGUAUAUGAGAAUUUAAAAAAAAAAGAUUAUGUACCAUCAGAUGUCUUGACAAAUCUGGCAUGCUGCUACUUUUAUUUGGGAAUGUAUCCCGAAUCGCAGAAGAUCUUAGAAGAUGCUGCAAAUAGCAAAUUGAGAACUAGACUAUUGUUUCAUUUGGCCCAUAAGAUGGGUAACGAAUCAAAACUAAUGGAAUACCACCAAAUGUUACAGGAUGUUAUCGAGGAUCAGCUCAGUCUAGCAUCUAUUCAUUAUUUACAAGCUCAUUAUCAGGAAGCUAUUGAUGUAUACAAAAGGAUUUUGUUGGAUAAUAGAAAGAGAAAAACUAAAAGAUGUGGCUCCAAAACAGAUUCCGAGUUGUAUUUCCUUACCCAGUUGCAGGAAAAUUGCAGAGAUUAUCUAGCUUUGAAUGUGUAUGUAGCAUUGUGCUACUACAAAUUGGAUUAUUAUGAUGUAGCUCAAGAAGUGCUGCAAGUUUAUUUGCAGAAAUAUCCAGAUAGUGCAAUCGCCAUUAAUCUGAAAGCGUGCAAUCAUUUCCGUUUGUAUGAUGGGAAUGCUGCACAAACUGAGAUGAAGCAGCUCAUUGAAAAGAUAUCCAGUUCUUUCAGUUCCGGUCAUGAUCUUAUACGGCAUAACACAGUUGUAUUUCGAGGUGGUGAAAAUGCUCUACAAAUUUUACCCAAUUUGGUAGAUGUCAUUCCAGAAGCCAGGCUUAACUUGGUAAUAUAUUACUUGAAACAAGAUGAUGUCAAAGCAGCUCAUGAUUUGAUUAAAGAUUUAGAGCCUGCAGUUCCGCAGGAAUAUAUUUUGAAGGGCAUAGUCAAUGCUGUUAUCGGUCAGGAGACCAAUUCUCGCGACAGCGUAAAAACUGCGCAGCAAUAUUUUCAACUGGUUGGCUCGUCAGCGUCGGAGUGUGACACUAUACCCGGUAGACAAUGCAUGGCUUCCUUCUUCUUCCUUUACCGACAAUUCGAGCGAGUCCGGCUAUAUUUGAAUUCGAUAAAAACAUAUUUCUCCAAUCAAGACAAUUUCAAUUUUAACUACGCCCAAGCGCAGGCCGGAGCGGGCUAUUUCAAAGAAGCGGAAGAAGCUUUUCUUAUGAUAAGAAAUGAAAAAUAUAAGAACGAUUACGUUUACAUCAGUCUUCUGUCGUAUUGCUAUGUAAUGAAUAAAAAGCCUCAACUGGCAUGGGAAUUGUAUUUAAAAAUGGACACAUCAGCCGAAUCUUUCAAUCUACUUCAGUUGAUUGCUAAUACAUGUUACAAGGUAGGCGAAUUCUGGCACGCUGCUAAGGCCUUUGAUAUGCUGGAACGCAUGGACCCGAGUCCUGAACAUUGGGAAGGGAAGCGCGGCGCAUGCUGCGGUACUUUCCAGUACAUCGUUGCGGAGAAGCAACCGAAAGAACUACUCUCGGAAGUGAUACAGCUUCUUAAGAACACAUCAAAUUCUCAAGUGGAGCAGAUAAUACGCGUUAUGCGCAAGUGGGGAAAGGACAACAGAGUGAACUGUUAAUAUGACAUCGUUAUUGAUUCCGUCCAAAAAGAGCCUUGCUGCAAUGAUAAUAUAUGAUUAGCACUGUGAUACACAUAUUGAACAUACAAGUAUAUAUAACACGUGUAGAAAAUAUAAUAAAAAUAUUUUUAAAUUUGUCUUUUUAAGAAAAUUGAAUAAACGCGGGAUAAUUUAUCGUUAUAUUGUUGUACUUUUAAUCUGAUAUAUAUUUUUGGCCAGUUGAAUCGCCAAGAUAUACAAUCUUGAUAACUUUUCAAGGAUCGAAAAACUACUUCCGCUAUUUUGUAUUUAAUUAAGAUAACUUUCGUGCAACACGUUCUGCAAAGGAGCGAUACAUAUUUUUUAUUGCUUUUAUUAUCUCUCGUCGAAUUGUGUAAUUGAUACAUUUGUAAUGAGGAGUUAUAAUUUUUUAUUUACACACAGAGAGUAAGAAAGUAAUAAAAAUUGUUAAUAUGUGUACA